AUGGAAACAAGAAGAAGUUUAAAAGAAAAAUAUAAUCAAAAAGAUUUCGAUACUAUUAUACAGAGUGUUCAAAAUAAAAAUGCUGACCACAAACAAACUAAAAACCAAAAUGGAGAAGCAAAAAAUGUAUUGAAACACUCAGCUAGCGAAAAAAGCAAACCAGGAAAUAAGAAUAAUAGAAAAGGUUCACAAGAGAAAGAAAAUAAUUCUUCUAAUUUAAAAGAAGAUUUAGAAAAAAAUAUAAAAAAUAAAAGAACAAAUAGUAAAGACACUGCAAAGAAUAAUAUAAAAAAUAAUGUUCCAAGGAGGAAAGAGAAAAAAAAUAAUAUCAUAAGCAGUACCUUAUCUAUAGGAGAGGGUGAUCAAAAUG